AUGGCUUCAGAGCAGGACAUUAUUGAGCUGUACAACCCCCCAGAGUCAUACUCCUGUCGCGGUGACAGAUGCACUAAUCUGUUCCCAGAGUUUGUUGUUAGCGUUAUUGUACCAGCGGUCGUGGUCCUUCUGCUCCUCAUGUUGCUGGCAGUGAUAAUGAUGUGUAGCUCCAAGUCCUGUAAAUGCAGAAAGUAUUCCUCGCUGCAAACACAAACCAACGAUAUACAGAUGGAGAACUACAACUCCAUACGCCGAGCCACUGCCAAUUUGCGUUUGAUGUCGCAAAAUCGGGAAACGCCAAUUAUGGGCAGCAGAGCUAGCUCCAUGACACUGGACAGGUCUCAAAGACGGCCCCACAGGCCCAGGGAUUCGAGUAGUUCGGCUCCCGGGACACUACAAAGGCACCUCCGCGGCAGAAUACUUGACCAAAGUGAAUCUGGGCCCCCGCCUCCAUAUUCUGUGGACCUUGAAGACUCUUUCAGAGGGCCUGAGUUUCCUCAGUCUGGCAUGCGGGUCAGUGCCAGGUACGAUGACAGUCCAGACCACAAUGGCAAUGGAGUCCAGCCACUACUCUUUCACCAAAGCUACGACACUUAG